AUGAACUUCAACUCCCAAGCUCUCUAUUCUUCACUAGCUCUUUUCAAAAAAACUCUAUUAACUGAACAAAAAAUAGCCAAUCAAACCCUUUUUAAGCAGUUAGUUAAAUCUGAAACUACCAAACUACUCCAAAAUUUACCUCAAGGAGUAGAUAAAAGCCAACUUUUAAGUUAUUUACAAGAUAUUUUCGGUUCUCAAAAUUUCCAAAACGGUAAAUAUAAGGGCGGUCAAGAAAUAAUUAUCCAAACUUUUCACGAAUUCUUCGGAGUUUUAGGCGAAAAGAAUAUUGUUGAGGAAGAGACCAAUAAAGCUAUUGAAGAUAAAUUUGGUGAAACUAUUAACCUAGUUGAAAAAUCUUUUGAAAACAAAGGCCAAUUAUUAAGAAAACUCCGUGAUAUCAUGGGAGAAAAAGAGUUUUUCCCCGAAGAACCUGGAGAUGGAGUUCCUUCCGGUCGCGAAGGAAUGCGGCGAGAUCCGGAAGCAAUUGCCAUGCAAAAUGCUGACAAACAAGCGAGAAUUGAUGCGAUUGCUAAAUGA